AUGAUAAAGCAAAGUAUAAGAAAAAUGCAUGUCAAGGCUAUCAAAAUGAGGUGGCUCACUGGUGGGGUCAAUUAUUCAUACUUAUUGAGCACCCAGGAUAAGAAAAAGAGUUGGUUGAUCGAUCCUGCUGAGACAUUGGAAGUGAUGAAUGAUCUUGGCAGUGAUGAAGCAAAAAGCAUUGAAGCUCUUGUAAACACUCAUCAUCACUAUGAUCAUGCUGGUGGCAAUGUGUCAACACUUGCAGCCUUGAAUGAAAAGGGCAAUAAUAUAUCUCGAGUCAUUGCCGGUUCUCAACGUUCUCCAAUUGCGAAUGAUAUCCCAGAUAACUUACAUGAAUACACCUUGGGGAACUUGAAAAUCUUGUGUAUUAGAACACCUUGCCAUACCCAAGAUUCCACUUGUUACUACGUGCGUGACCCUGAAACCAAAGAACAAGCAAUCUUCACCGGUGACACUUUGUUCACUGGUGGAUGUGGGAGGUUUUUCGAAGGAACUGCUGAAGAAAUGGACGAUGCAUUGAACUUCAGACUACUAGGGAAUACAGGAGAUACUUCCAAUUGGAAGAAUGUGAAAGUAUAUCCAGGUCAUGAGUAUACUGCAGGAAACGUAAGUUUCAUCCGCAAUUACAUAUACUUGAAGAAAAGCGAUAACGACCAUUUCAAUAAAUUGGAAUCUUUUACCAAGGAACACGAAGUCACCACUGGUCACUUUACCAUUGCCGAUGAACUAUCAUUCAAUCCCUUUAUGAGACUUGAUGAUCCAAUUGUUAGAAGACAAGUCGGAGAUUCUCAAGGUUGUUGGACCAGAGCCCAAGUUAUGGACAAGUUAAGAAACAUGAAGAACAAGGCAUGA